AUGACUUCUGAAAAUAAUAACAAUACACUUGACACACUGCGUCAAGAAGCUCGUAGUAAACAGAUUAUUGGUAACAAUAGUAUUAAAUUUAACAAAGCUCCACUUUUUUCCCCACAUUCCAGGCCAUAUUAUAUAUUUAGCGUAGGAAUAACACUUGUUACAGGUGUAUAUUUAGUAUUAUAUGCAGAUUUUGAUCAAAAAGAUCAUUGUUUUAUACCGAUUAGAAGAUGGUACAAAAGUAAGAUGGAUUCAUUUUGGACUCUUAGUGAUAAAGAAAAAAAAGAAUUAAAAGAACAGGGAAAGAUAUAA